AUGUGUCUACGUAAUCAUGGCGGCAGCUACCUCACUUGGGGCUUUUUCCUGAUGCUGGAACCGCAGCUUGGUGCAAUCACCAACAUUCUUGCUAUAGUGCCGCCUGCACCGUCAUCAUCACUUACUUCACCUUCGGGUCCCACAGCGAAGGCGGCAGUUGAUGUUAGUUUCAUCAAUGUCGAUCCGUCAAUCGAGAAUUUGAUUGACAUGUUGUCCGGCAGCCAUACAGGUUUAACGAGUGGAUUUGAGCUUCUCAACGCCAUGAAGCUCAAACCCGCAUUUGGUGUUGGUUCUCCAACACUGGAAGUAAUUGCAUUCAUCGAGCGCAUCGAGAACACCGAUCCUAAUGCGCCGGACCUCUCAGAAGAUGACCUCGGAACGGCGUGGGGCCACUACCAGUUUACAGCUGGCUCAAUGACUUCUAGCUCUGUACUUACCUCAUGGGACAGCAUUGGGAAUGAUGCUGCGCGAAGGCUGAUUGCGGCUGCCAUGAAGACCUGCAAAGUUGCAAGGCAUGUAUGUUUUGUCAACGGGAUCGAGGCAAACACGUAUCUUAGCGACACGUACUUGGAGACGACCUUCGAAAUUCUUUGGCAGCUUUGGAAAGCAGCAGGAGGGCCCAUUGUGAAGGGUAAGAGCAAAGCUGUGCCACCGUCAGAUGCUCACACCAUGUCCACCACCGGUAUUCCUGAGUCCUCCGCCGCCACUCAGACUUCUGGUGUCUCUGCUUCGGCUGAUAAUGCUCAAUCCUCUCCUCGCACCAGUCCCCCUGUGAACGAUUCAGUCCCCUCCAACUCAUCUGGCACUGGCAAACUGGAGACCGACACGAGAGACUCUGACCCGAGUACAGAUGAGUUGUUCGAAUGGAUAAUUGAUCGGAAGUUGGCGGGCAACAUGAAGCUUGGCAAGAAGAGUUCCUCUAUGAAGAAAGACAAGCUGGUAUCAAUCAUUCUCUCUGCCGAAGCAAUGGGCCAGCCAUUGAAGGCAGAAGUUGAGACAAUCGUGCAGCAGCGUAAGGUCAAGAAGAUGGCCGCUUUGAAGGGUUGA